AUGUCCGCAAACUCGGAAAAGCCAUGGGCUGUUGAAGAUAUCGCUGCGUCAAUGAUUGGCGGGGCACCAGAGUCCGGAUCUGAGUCGCCAGUACCAUUCUUCCACAUGCUUCAACGGUUAAAAACUACGAAGAGAGAGGGGUGGAGACGAUUCGGCAUUGACCAGGGAGAGUCGAUCGCAGACCACAUGUACCGCAUGUCCCUCAUUACCAUGUUCGCGCCGCCCUCGUUAUCAUCUAAACUCAACAUCCCCCACUGCACGAAGAUGGCCCUUAUCCAUGACAUGGCCGAGGCUCUUGUCGGAGACAUAACCCCACUGGAUGGCGUAUCGAAGCCAGAAAAAUCAAGACGCGAGUCAACGACCAUGGAUUACUUCGUCAAUGGUCUCCUUGGGCGCGUCAACGGCGGCAUGACCGGCAAAGAUAUAAAGGCAAUCUGGCAAGAGUACGAAGACAGCGUGACUUUGGAAAGCCAGUUUGUCCAUGACGUGGAUAAGAUCGAGCUUAUCCUACAGAUGUUCGAAUAUGAAAAGUCGAAGCAGGGGAAGCUUGAUCUGGGAGAGUUCACAUGGGUCGCAACGAAGAUUAAGAUGCCGGAAGUCAGGGCAUGGAGUGAUGCUGUUAUGGAGGAGAGAGCGGAGUUCUGGAAGGCAAAUGGCGGGGUCCACACGGAUUUCUCGAAUGAGGGCGAUGAAAAGAAGACCGAGAAACGUGAGAAGCACGUCGCGAAUCUCAACGAGUAUUACGGAAAAGAGGGGGAAUAG